CUAGAAUCUGACAUACGUCAAUCUGGAAUUAAUUUUAAAUUAAAAUUGUUUAGAUUUGUGAAUUGCGAGAUAUAAAUGAGUAUGUAGUAAAGAUUUUAUGAUUUUUUAGGUUUAUAUUGAUGGUUUGUUGUUUUUGUAACAAACUGAACGUCUGUGAGGAAAUAUUACCUAUUUAAGAUGGGUUUGUCGAGGCAGGAAGUUAAUUUAAGACGUUUGUUGGCAAAAUGUGAAUUAAUGGUAAAAAACAAUCAAAAAGAAGAUGAAAGAUUUGGAAAAUAUGUUAAUUCUUUGGAGGAUAUGCUACAGGAGGUUAGAAGCACAUACGAAAGUUCAAAUAAUGAAACAUUGCAAAAUUACCAGAAACGCAUAACAGCCAUAAAAAUAGCUGUAGGAAUAAGUUUAAACCAAUUUGAGAUGGAAAAUGACUCCCAACUCACAAGAAACGAGCUUUUGGGGGUAAGGCAUAGAAAUAUUACAAAACCUAAUGUAGGGGAAGGAGAUUUGGAUUCUGUAAUAAAUUAUCACGAGGAAAGGCAGAAAAAAAUCACCGAUGACAUGGUUUCCAUAGCCAAAACUUUAAAAGAACAAUCUCAGUUAGCUAACACAAUCAUCAAGAAAGAUACUGAAGUUGUAGGGCGAGCCACCCAGUUAACAGAACAAAAUUUUGACAAAUUAGGUGUGGAAUCUGUGAAAUUGACUGAACAUUCCAAGAAGGCCUGGAAAUGUUGGAUGUGGGUUUUGCUGGUCAUUGUUAUGGUUGUUUUUAUAAAUAUGGUGCUUUUCAUGAAGGUUAUGAAAAAAAGACAGUGAGGGUUACAUUUUAAUAUAUUUAUUGCCUAGGUAUUUAUUAUAAAAAAUGAGGUGCAAAGUGAGAUUUAAUAAAUUUUUCAGAGUAUAACAAUAUUUUAUUUAACACUUAAUAAAUAA